AUGCGCCACCCCCAGUUCGGUGCCGGGCCUCGCGGGCGAGAAUCGUGCGCCGGUGCCCUCGGGCUCGGUGCGAUGGAAUCGCCUGUCGCGACGAUUUCCGAAGCGGUAACGGAUCGGAAUCACCAGGGUCGAGCCGCGGCGUUCGCCAUGUUCCCGCAUGUCUUGGACAUGGAGCCCCGCAAAACUCUAGGCGCGGCCUCGAGGAAGCCAGCGAUGUCCCCAAAACGGCGCAGCAUUCUGCGUGUCAAAGAGGUGUCAGUGGCGGGCCAGGAACUAUCACAGCAGGCCCUCGACGCGCGCAACGCAAUGUCCGAUCCGAUGUUAUUUUCCGAUACAGCAUCGUGCCGAACAGGCUCUAUCACGAAUAGUGAGGUCGAGUCCGCUUUCUCCGGGUCCGGCACAAUCACCGAGUCUCCCUCCCACUCCCUAAUCCUGCAGGCGAGUGACCCGCACCCAGGGAUGAAUUACGAUCUGGGACCAUCCGAAGUCUUGUCCCAAGUGGGAUCGUGGGAUGAUUUGCGUUUGCCGGCCCCGGCGAAGGCUCAGACCGCUGGUUCCGCCAUUGCUCCUACCAUUGUUCCCAGCACCACCUCGCGCAAGAGAAGCAGUCGUUCGAGAUAUGGAGAUGGCCCCGAUGACGACGAUGACACAGAAGAUUUGCGCAAGAGUCCAAAGAGACAAGAUAACACUGAGCCGGAGAACCAGCAGCGCUUCGCUUGUCCGUUUUACAGGCACGACCCGUUCAAGUACACGAGCUGUCUCAGUUACAGCCUGCGGCGGAUAAAGGAUGUCAAGCAGCACAUUUAUCGAAAGCACGGCCCGCCACUCUAUUACUGCGCUCCGUGUCGAGACCGUCUCCUGAUCCGCCUGACAUGGGAGAGAAACCAGCGGGGCAUCUUGGAGCCUAUCCUCGCGGAAAAUCAAGCUCUGGUAUCCUCACCUAUGGCAGACCAUGAUCUCGAGACGGUCGUGAUCAAGACCAUGACCCAGGUCCUAAACCGCUUCAGGGAAGAAAGCCUGUGCCAGCUCAGCCAAGCCGCAUCCCCGGAUCCCAGUUCCCCGCACACAACCGCCAGUUCCCCAGAGCCUUCGAGCUGCGCGCCAAUUUACAACCGUAAACCCCCAUCCAAACAGCUGCAUGCCGUGUCUGAAGUACCGGGCAACCUCACGGCCCUCGGCGUGCUCGAUGAUGUCGUGUCCGAGUAUACCAUGCUCGGGGGACGAAAAUGA